AUGGCGCAGGUUGAGUCUGCGCUCAUGGAGGUCGCGACGGGAGGACAGGCAAAUUUCUUUUCUAACAAGCAAUUCGCGCCCAAGUGGGACGCACUCAUGGCCAUACUUCAAACCCUGCGAAGCGAUGCACGUCCCUACUACGAGGAGACACGGCGGAUAAUAUGGGCACGGGUGAAGAGUCGUCUCAGCACAGGUCCGGCUGCUGUUGAAGAAGAAGAGGAUGAUGAGCAAGAGAGCUUCAUCCCUGUGGCUCAGCUUCGAGAAUCCGGAGCCUCUGCAGCUGGAUCGUCGAGUGGUGCCGGCAUGAGGUCGACUACGACUACGGGAAAAGCGAUCGCUCGCACGCCUACCAGCCUCUCGCAGACUGCCAAACAGCCGUCAAGCAAAACUCCUGCUGCCACUACGCCCGGCAAGGCAACUACAAGCGCGAUGUGGGGAGUGCCUCCCACAUAG